GGAAUAGAGCGGAGCGAUGCGGGGGCAGCGUCGUAUGGUGUGGUGCGGUGCGGUCGAUCGUGUUUCGUUUCUUUGGCCGGGAAGAACGAUCGGCAGCUUUCGUUCGACGUUCAUAGUUCACAUCGCCACGGCGAUUCCCAGCUGGAUCGCGCACUCCGUUCCGAGACACGAAAGUUGACGAAAGUUUCUCGCGGAAUUUUUUAUUUUUGGAAAACUGGUGAAAAAAAUGCUUUUCAUCAUUGGCACGCACACCAGACACUGAACACACUGUCUCUUUCACUAUCGACUUAUUCCCAGCUCCGAUUCCUGACGCCGAAGGAGAGCGAGAGUCUCAGCAUAUCCUGCCGAAUCCUCGUGACACGUCCACAUCGAGCAUCGAAGUUCGUUACAAGAAUUUGAACCAACGAUUUUGAAAAAUGGUAGAAAAGAAGAAAGGCAAAAAAGUGAAGAAACGGGAGAAGAAGAUCGUGGAUGAGUAUCAAUUACGUAGAGACCUGAGGGAACAGGCAAAGAUGAUAAAGUCCGCGGACUUGAUGCAGGAAACUGCGAUGCCUACGCAAGUCGAGCCACAAUACUCCGAGGAUAUUAGGAUCGGUGGUAUAGAAGGAGGCGCUACACAUUCCAUACUCAUAAUACUCGAUAGAAAAGGUGCGAAGCUAACAGAAGUUAAAGGACCACACACUAAUCAUUGGGUAAUCGGAAAAGACGAGACAGCUGCCAGACUCAGCGCGAUGAUAGAGAGGGGUAAACAAAUGCUAAAUAUACCGGAAAAUGUUCCUUUAGAUUGCGUAGCACUUACUUUAAGCGGUUGCGAGGAGGAGACCAUCAAUCGUGAGAUUGUGGAAACUUUGUUGAAAAAAUAUCCGCAGUCUGCUAAAGACUACGUGAUUGGUUCAGAUACUCUUGGUAGCCUUAGGACUGGCCUGGAAUCCGGUGGAAUCGUGUUGAUCGCUGGAACUGGCAGCAAUGCUUUACUCAUCAACCCAGACGGGAAGACUCACAAUUGUGGAGGAUGGGGACACAUAAUGGGUGACGAAGGAGGAGCUUACUGGAUCGCCUAUCGUGCCUGUAAAUAUGUAUUCGAUGAUAUUGAUGGAUUAAUUGAAGCACCAGAAUCAAUAAGUUACGUUUGGCCGGCAAUGAGAAGUUAUUUCAAUGUAACUGAUAGGCGCGGUUUAUUACUAUACUUAUAUUCAAACUUUGACAAAAGCAUUAUUGCUGGUUUCGCCAAGGAAGUUGCGAUCGGCUGCGAGAGGGGCGAUCCACUGUGCCUGAAAAUCUUCGAGGAAGCUGGACAACUUCUGGCGAAGCAUAUUAUCGCCGUUUCGAAGAAGGCGCAUAACGAUCUCAAACUGGCUCACGGCGGUUUAAAGGUGAUUUGUAUCGGAUCCGUAUGGAAAUCGUGGAAAUUUAUAAAAAAUGGUUUCGUGAAUGAAAUCCACAACAGGAAUGUUGUGGACGAGUUGAGUUUACUGCACUUGACAACAUCAGCGGCAUUAGGCGCCUGUUACCUAGCCGCAGAGAAGAUUAAUUGUUCGUUCGUCAAGCCGUACGAUAGCAACGUCGAGACUUUUUUUCAUUACAAGCGCGAUCACUAUCCGGAAACGCGAAAGACAGAACAUUCGAUAGAAUUAAAAAAUCAUACGUCUGACUACAAUAGUGCUCAGGUUCAUGGAAACGAGGAAAGUACAUGAUAAGAUAUAAAUAAAUAAAAUUUU